CUUUGAGAAACAUGGACAGUUUUGUUUUCUCGAAUAAAAACGUUAUAAAUAUUGAAAAGAAAAAAAAAAAAAAAGAAUCUUAAUAAAAAAAACCACUCAGCUCUCCGCACCAUGUAUAGUGGGAAGAACUCUUUUCGAAUCUGAACGUCUUUUAAGCUCAAAAAGAAAGACGAAGUGCAUUCCCCAGACACACAUCCUGUUACCUAAUCCCCUGAACUCGAGGAACAGAGUUUGGUUUUUCUAAAGGUUCUAACUUUUUUCGCUUGCCCAGAUUUAGCAGAGGAGCUCUUUUGAAAGAAAUGCAAAAGUGGCCAUCUCUCUCUUGCAGAUUGUUUCUCUUCCAGCUUGAUUCUAUAGUGUAAUACUAAGUUUCAGUGAGGUCCUUUUGUUUUAUUUGGAUCUUGAGCUGUCUUAUCAAUGUCUAUAAAGUAGAUAAUUCUUAGGAGUUGAACAUCUACCUUAACUUUUUGUGAAGAGACAAGAUUUUUUUCUAUUCCUGGCUUGAUGGGUAAAGAGAAUCAGUUAGAGACAGCAAACUGUGGAGUCAAUGAUAACGAUUGUCCACCCCUCAAGACCGAUGAACUACCAUCCAAGGCGCGUUACAGCACAGACAGUGACUCAGGUUUACCAACAUGUCGUGUAUGCCACUCUGCAGAAUCCGACAAACGAGGAGAUGCUGCCUUAGGGUUCUUAGGGAUCACUCCCACCAUUCCACAACCUCAUAAAACCAAUGAAGACGAAAAUUAUGAUGAUGGUGAUGUCAGCAAAGCUACAGAGGCUGAGCAGAAGAGUUCCAUUGAUAUAGAAAUGGGAAUCCUGCAGCAUCAUGAUCGGUUGCUUGAACUUGGAUGCUCUUGCAAAAACGAGCUUGCUUUGGUACACUACGCUUGUGCUCUCAAAUGGUUUCUCAACCAUGGAUCUACAGUAUGUGAAAUCUGUGGGAUUGCUGCUGAGAAUAUUAAAACUGCUGAUUUCAAUAAAGUGGUUAUUGCCUUGAGAGAUCACACGGCCCUAAGAGUUGAUGGAGGAGAUUCGACCGUAGAUACAGAUGAAACUGGUGGUAUUAGAAGGCAAAGACUUAGUGAUGUAUCUUCAUGGUUUGGUCCACAUGCCUUGAACAACAACAAUAAUAACAGUAGCUCUGCUGCAGCAGCUUCUCAGGCUAUGUCUGAACAACCUUUAGGUGCUGUGAACUUUGGGGUCUUGCCUAUGGAGAACCGUGCAACUAAAUGGGCUGUGGAAGGUACUGGGAUUCUACUUGCUACUGGUUUACUCACUGUUACUUUGGUUUGGAUCAUUGCUCCUCGUGUUGGAAAGGAAACUGCUAGGAGUGGACUACAUAUACUUCUUGGUGGUCUAUGUGCUUUAAUAAUAGUCAUCUUCUUCAGAUUUGUUGUGCUGACUAGAAUCAAGUAUGGUCCUGCACGGUACUGGGCAAUCUUAUUCAUCUUCUGGUUUCUUGUGUUUGGUAUUUGGGCUUCUCGUUCUUCUUCUCACAAUAACUCUUGA